GGAGUAUGGCUGUGUCAAAAGUUUUGCCGCGAUCGCGCAGUAUUUGUUUACGUUCGCUCUAAAACUUAGUGUAAACAAAGAUACUUGAUUUAUAACAUUGACUUUGAGUGAUAACAAGUUUAAAACUAUAACUUUAAGUGAUAAAAAGUUUCCAAUGAACUGUGUUACUGUGAAAACAUGACGAAAAACUUAUAUGGAAUGAGUUUAAAACUUUGGAUAUGUUUGGUGGCGGUGGCCGGUGCGCGCGCACGUUCUGCGCCGCCCGCCCCUGGUGGCUGUCAAUGGGACUAUUCGGAUACAAAGUUGAGUGAAUCGAACUUUCUUACAUGUAAUAUCAAAACAAUAGGAUCAGCUGACAUGCUCUUUAAGAACAUAACAACAGCCCAAGCAUACAAUAUAAACAAGUUGAAACUUACAUGCACCGAUUUGCUUUUCUUUGAGAGCUCACUACAUAUGAAUACUGGUAGUUUUUUGGGCCAGUUGCGCAAACUUGAAGACUUGCGUAUGGAAUACUGUAAGAUACGAUAUGUCCCAGCUACUGUAUUAUCACCUCUUCGCGAUUUAACUAGCCUUACUCUCCGUUCAUACAAUACAGACUGGCCUGCUAUGACAAUGGAAUUUCACGCUGAGAGUUUCCGAGGAUUAAUGGAACUGCGUUCACUAGACUUAGGUGACAAUAACAUUUAUAUGUUACCCUCAGAAGUGUUUUGUCCACUCUUUAGUUUGGAAUCUUUAAACUUAACUAACAAUAAAAUACAAGAUAUUUCUGAAAUAGGAUUUUCGGACUGGGGCAAGGGCCCUAUAGCCCCUGGAAAGUCAUGCAACACUGGCCUAAAAAUGUUGGAUUUGUCUCAUAACAACGUGUUGCGGCUUCCUGAUAACGGUCUUUCAAGCCUUAGAUCUUUAGAGGUCUUAAAGAUUCACAACAACUUAAUUAAUGAAAUUGGAGAUAGAGCUUUUGUGGGACUGAAUUCAUUAAAGAUUCUAAACUUAUCCGGAAACAAGUUAGUCGCCGUUCCUCCAGAACUAUUUCAGUCUUCACGCGUUAUAAAAGAAAUCUCAUUAGCAAAUAAUUCGCUUUCCGUGCUGGCACCGGGAUUGUUGGAAGGACUUGAUCAACUUGAGAAAUUGGAUUUAUCUAGGAAUCGACUAACCAAUGAUUGGGUGAACAGAGACACGUUUGCCGGCUUAAUUCGAUUAGUAAUUUUAAACUUGUCUCACAACUCCUUAGUACGACUAGAUCCAAAAUCAUUUCAAGAUCUUAACAAUCUACAGGUCUUAAACUUAGAUAAUAAUGCUAUUGAGAUAAUAAGUAAUGGCGCUUUUGCGGAAUUGAAAAAUUUACAUCAAUUAUCUAUGUCAGACAACAGAAUUAUUCAUUUGAAUGAACAUAUUUUCUCUAAUCUAUUUGUUCUAAGCCAACUUUAUUUAGAUAAUAAUCAAAUCACAACUAUUCAUGAGAGGUCAUUCGAAAAUAUAACGUAUUUACAAGAUUUGGGAUUAAAUGGAAAUAAUUUAAACUACGUUCCCGAUGGAAUACGAAAACUUAGAUUUUUAAAAUCCCUUGACAUUGGCAAAAACAAUAUAACGAAAAUUUCUAAUGCAUCUUUUGAGGGCCUUGAGGAACUUUAUGGCUUGCGACUUGUUGACAACCACAUAAUUAGUAUACCGAAAGACACUUUCAGUACAUUACCAUCAUUACAAGUUCUAAACUUAGCAUCAAAUAAAAUUGAAACCAUCGAACAAGACGCAUUUCUUUCAAAUCCGACGCUGAAAGCUAUUCGUCUCGACGGAAAUAAACUUUCAGAUAUACGAGGUGUUUUUAACAAACUGAGCACUUUGGGUUGGCUUAACAUAUCCGACAACAAACUUAUAUAUUUUGACUACAGUUACAUGCCUGAGACUUUAGAAUGGCUGGAUAUCCACAAAAACAAUAUUACUAAGCUUGAGAACGAAAAUGAUUUCAAAUCAAAUAUUCGUAUGCUUGAUGUCAGUUUUAAUACAAUGGAAAACGUAGAUGAAAAGUCAGUACCUGAUUCUAUAGAGGUCCUCUUUUUGAAUAACAACAAAAUUCACACAAUCCAGCCAGGUACAUUCCUACAAAAAAAGAACUUAGAAAAAGUUAUAUUGACAGAUAAUAAAUUACGGACAGUUGAACUGUCUGCAUUCACAUUACCCCAUAUUCCAAAGCACAGAUUUUUGCCAAAAUUUUUCAUCGGAAAUAAUCCAUUUGUAUGCAACUGUCAUAUGAUAUGGCUGCAAAAAAUAAAUUUAUGGAAUCACAUGAGGCAAUAUCCUAGAUUUGUUGACUUAGAGUCAGUUACAUGCGAAGUUGUAAAUAAUAAAUACGGAGGAAAAUCAAACUUAAUGGAUGUUCCUGAAACGCAGUUCCUUUGUUCCUAUGAGACGCAUUGUUCCUCGAGCUGCUUUUGUUGUGAUUUCGAAGCCUGCGACUGUAAAAUGACAUGUCCUGAAGGUUGUUCUUGUUUUCAUGACAGCAAUUGGAAUUCUAAUGUAAUUGAUUGUUCUAACGCUGGAUACACAGAUAUUCCCGAAAAGAUUCCAAUGGACGCUACUGAACUUUAUUUAGACGGCAAUGAUUUUGCCUCCUUGAACAGCCAUCUAUUUAUAGGCAAGAAAAAGCUUCAUAAAUUAUACUUAAAUAAUAGUAAUAUCGCCUCAAUAGAUAAUGAUACAUUUAAUGGACUCCAUUCUUUGAAUGUUUUACAUUUGGAAAAUAAUCAUCUUACUGAAGUCGCCGGUGGGGAAUUUUCUCAGACUAAGCACUUAAGAGAGUUAUAUUUAAACGAUAACCUUUUAACUAGUGUGGCAAAUAACUCAUUCGAAAGCUUAUCUUCACUUCGAAUCAUCCACUUACAAGGAAACAAGAUAUUGAAUCUCGACAAGAAGCUAGCUCAUAUCGUACAUUUAGAAAGUGUUCGUGUGCGAGGUAAUUUAUUUACUUGCGCGUGUGAUAAUGUAUUGCCUUUGGUGAACUGGUUAAAGAAAUAUAACGAGGACCCUUCAGAAAUGUUGUGUGCUAGUGAAAAUGAACUAAGUUCCAACCUGACAGUGUUCGACGUAAUGGACAAGUGUCGUGACUCAAGUAGUGUAAAUGACAAUACUAUUCCCACUGAAAAUCAGCCGUUCCAAUAUGAUGAAGUGAGCACAAUUAAAUUGAACUUUGUACCCCUCUUAGCUGUAGUCCUUAUAAGUGUAAUCCUGAUUUUAUUGUUUGGAGCUUUAGCAUUUUCCUUUAGACAAAACGUACGUUUAUGGGCUCAUUCCAAGUAUGGUGUAAGGUUAUUCAAAAGUGCGUCUAUUCAGGAAAGUGAACUUGAUAGAGAUAGGAUGUAUGAUGGCUAUGCAGUAUACAGUUUAUUAGAUGACGAUUUUGUAACCAAAGUAGUGGCGCCGGAAUUGGAGCACUGCGGAUACACUAUGUGCUUUCACUACAGAGACUUACAAAACGCACCAGAAAACUAUUUAUUAGAACAAAUAAAUAACGCUUCCGAAUCCUCGAAAAGAAUUUUAAUAUUUAUUUCUUUUAAUUUUUUACAAAACGAAUGGUCUAAAAUGUCAUUCAAAGCCGCGCUUAAACACGUGAUAACUUCAAUUCAUCCUUCUAUCAGGAGACAUAGGGUUGUUUUUGUAUUGACGACCGAUAUCAGCGCCCUCAAUUUAGAUUUAGAAUUUCAAAAUUAUUUAAAGACCUGCAAUGUGCUUUUAUGGGGUGAAAAGAAAUUUUGGGAGAAAAUGAGAUUUUUGAUGCCUGAUAUCUCAAAUUUACAUUGGAAUAAGGAUAACAUGAAUUACAAUCACAGUAUUUGUCCUAACGCUAGGCGCCAUCCGUCUAGGUACACUGCAUCACCCACUGCGCCCGAGCUAUGGUAUAAAUACGAUGCCAUACCUCCCCAAACACCCACAGUGACCAACGUAGGUAUUAAUGUCGAAGACGAUACAUCUAUGUUAACCAACACUACACUCACAAGCCAGAUACAGGACUUGGAUAAUCCACACCAUAGUUACAUAUCAAUUGACACACAAAAUUACGAGCAGCCAUAUGGCGCAGGCGGCCGGCCGAGGCCACCUAACUCGUUACGUAAGCAUCAGACCCACUCACCCUCGAUGCUCGAUGAACAGGGAUACUUACAACCCCGUUCUUCAAUACACGAUUGCUUACCUCAAAGCCAUCCGAGCGUACACAGAUAACAUGUUUCAAAAGUCAGCUCGUUAUCUCCUAAUGGGUCGCUACAUUCCAAGCACAUGUGUAUACUGUUGCCUCUUCUGGCAAUGCCUUAUUGAGUCGUGAUUAUAGCCGGCCAAAUAAUUGUUCGAUUGACGUUCCUUGUAAGUUGUAAUAAUAUUUAUAUUCUUAAUUUUAAGGAGACUGUUGUUAAAUUAUCGCGUAUGUUUAAUGAUGCCUUGUAUUUCAAAUAUUUGCAUUGUAAAACUAUUUUAAUGAAUUACAAUACAUAAUAUCUAUUAAGACUGAAUUGUAAUAUAGUUUAAGUUACUAUUUGCCAGUAUAAAUGUGACUUAAGUAUUUUGCUAUAGAUAUUAUAUCUCAUUGUUACCAAAUAUUUUGUAAAUAAUUGUAAUUAAAAAUUGUAUAUGUAUAGAGAGUUGAUUUCUGUUUAGGUUACUAGUCAUUAGAUAGGAGUUAAUAUCUAUAUGAAUUGUUGUAGGUAUAUAGUUGGUCACAUAAUCAGAUGUAACUAAA